AUAGGUCCACAAAGGGCAGCGAUGACCAUGACCGCCAACAAAAACGCAGCCAUCCCUCAAACUGCUGGCGGCUGUAGGAUCCCGCGGGAUACUCUGGAACGGUCUCAGUCGGUGUCUCCCCCACCGGUUCUGUCUCCGAUCCGGACACCAUCGUACCCUCUCAGUGACAGCGAGGAGAUCUGCAGAGCCAACAGAUUCCCCAACAUAUCCAACAAUAACAGACUGGUCAUCAAAGACUGGACCCUGCGAGGAUCUACCGUAAGAGACCUGCGCUCUCCGGGGGCCGCCUCCAACCACUUGUCUAAAUCGGUCAGCGUCGCUUGUCUGGACAAAAGACUCUCUGUGUAUAAGGGACCCAACCAGAAAGAGAAUGUAUUGGAGGCCAAGGACGGAGACGUAAUCGGGAACUGCCAGAUCAGCCGGAGCACGCUCUCCUUGGGGUCGGCCGCCAACCAGCGCAGCCGACCGCAUAACAACAGAUCCACCAUCCGCUCCAAAGUGCUCGACAUCAGGCGUAAGAUUUCAGAAUGGGAAUGCCGAGGAGAAGCGUCCCCGCGUCUCAGCCUCUUUGUGGACAGAGGAGACCAGGGUGACCGCUCCACCAGUGAAGGAUGCCCCAGCACGUUGGCGUCGCCAUCAUGCAGUGAGAAGACCUUCGACUUCAAAGGAUACCGGAGAAUGAGCAGAACGUUUUCUGAGUGUUCUUACCCGGAGACAGAAGAGGAGGAGACGACUGCUUCUGAGCGGGAGUCUCUUCACCGGUAUGAGAGGCGGUCCAGUAGGACAGAACCCGCCAACGCCUUCGUACGGGGGCCCAGGAAGGAGUCUUCUGCCGUGCUGAACAGGAUCCAGAAGAUCGAGCAGGCCCUGAAGGAGAACCCGGGUAUGGGCCUCCCCCAGCUGCCCAGCAGUUGUUUCAGUGUGGACCUUGGGAGGAAACGCUCCAUAACUUCUGGUACUUUAGAGAGUCCGAGCGACAAACCUGCGAAUGUAAAUACCAUAAAUGAACAGGAGCAUUUCAACGAGAAGAAUGCCAAAGCCAAACAAGGACUUACUCCAAACUCUGGUAGUCCGACUGUGGCCCCCGAGAGCCCCGCAACUGACGUCAACCCUGUCCCCAAACCCAAAAGGACAUUCGAGUAUGAAGCUGAUAAAAGCCACAGGAACAACCCAAACAAUCUACCUCCAUCCUCAUCUCCCGUAUCCCCACCCCCGCUCCCCUCAACGCCGGCACCGCCUGUCACCAGGAGGCCCAAGAAGGAUCACCGCAGAUCUCAAAGCAGAAAGUCUCUGGAGUUUGAAGACGCCUCCAGUGUUCAGUCCUUGGGUUCCCCGUCCCCAGUAGAGAAUGGUACGGAGAAGAAGCGCCGUUCUGGUUCUAAAAGCACUUUAGAGGAGAACGCCUACGAGGAUAUUGUGGGCGAAUCACCCAAGGAAAACCCUUACGAGGAUGUGGACCUGAAGGGGCGACACUCGGCCCGCAAGUCCCUGCUGUCACCUGACAGUUCCAAGACGCCUUCCAACAGGAUGCUCAGGACGCCCGACCGGAAGUACACGACGCCCACCCAGAUAACGUCUAAGACUGGUAGCCAUUCACUGCGAGUCGGCGAUUCUUCCGAGAGGAAAGGUCAUCGUACAGCGCGUCUGCCGAAGCGGCACAGCCACGACGACAUGCUGCUCCUGGCACAGCUGACCAUGCCGUCCUCUCCCUCUAGCCUGAAUGAAGACAGCCUCAGCACCACCAGCGGCCUCCUGACAUCACGUAGGGCCCGGCGGAUCCCCAAGCUUGUGCAGAGGAUCAACUCCAUCUAUAGCGCCAAAAGAGGCAAGAAACGGUUAAAGAAGCUUUCCAUGUCCAAUGUGGAGACCGCAUCACUACGAGAUGACAACAGCGAGAGCGAAAGUGACUCAGAUGACCGCUUUAAAGCACACACCCAGCGUCUGGUCCUCAUCCAGUCCCUGCUAAACAGAGCUCCCAGUUACCGUACACUGGAGCUGGAGCUCAUCGAAUGGCAAGAGCGCGAGCUGUUUGAGUAUUUCGUGGUGGUUUCUAUGAAAAAAAAACCUUCAAAAAACACUUACAUCCCUGAGGUCACAUAUCAGUUUCCCAAGCUAGAACGGCCCACUAAGCAGAUGCGGGAGGCAGAGGAGCGGCUUAAGGCGAUCCCUCAGUUCUGUUUCCCUGAUGCCCGGGACUGGGUGCCAGUGUCGGAUUAUAACAGUGAGACCUUCUCCUUCAUGCUGACUGGUGAAGAUGGCAGCAGGAGGUUUGGCUACUGUCGGCGACUACUGCCCAGUGGAAAGGGCCCCCGACUCCCCGAGGUUUACUGUGUGAUCAGCCGGCUGGGGUGCUUCGACUUAUUCUCCAAGAUCCUGGAUGAGGUGGAGCGGAGGAGGGGGAUCUCGGCCGCCCUCGUCUACCCCUUUAUGAGGAGUCUGAUGGAAUCUCCCUUUCCGGCUCCUGGGAAAACAAUCCGAGUGAAGACGUUCCUCCCGGGCGCAGGAAACGAGGUCAUUGAGCUGAGGAGACCGAUGGAUUCACGGCUGGAACAUGUGGAUUUUGAGUGUCUCUUCCGAUGUCUCAGCGUCCGACAGAUCAUCCGAAUAUUCGCCUCGCUGCUGCUGGAGAGAAGAGUCAUAUUUGUGGCAGAGAAGCUAAGCACUCUGUCCAGCUGCUCUCAUGCCGUCGUCGCUCUUCUCUACCCCUUUUCCUGGCAACACACCUUCAUCCCCGUCCUGCCCUCCGCCAUGAUCGACAUCGUCUGCUGCCCGACGCCCUUCCUGGUGGGAUUGCUUUCCAACUCGCUGCCGAAACUUAAGGAUCUGCCGGUGGAGGAGGCGCUGAUGGUGGAUCUGGGAUCCGACCGAUUUAUAAGACAGAUGGAUGAUGAAGAUGCCUUGUUACCCCGAAAGCUGCAGGCGGCUCUGGAGCAGGCGCUGGAGAGGAAGGGCGAGCUGAUCGGUCAGGACUCAGACAGCGACACUGAUGAAGAGUGUAACACGCUGAACGGCCUCGUGUCGGAGGUCUUUAUCCGUUUCUUUGUGGAAACCAUUGGCCAUUACUCCCUGUUCCUGGCUCAGAACGAGCGGGGGGAGCGGGUCUUUCAGAGGGAAGCCUUCCGCAAGUCCGUGGCCUCCAAGAGCAUCCGCCGCUUCCUGGAGGUCUUCAUGGAGUCGCAGAUGUUCGCUGGGUUCAUCCAGGACAGAGAGCUGCGGAAAUGUCGGGCUAAAGGUCUGUUCGAGCAGAGGGUGGAGCAGUAUCUAGAGGAGCUGCCGGACCACGAGCAGAGCGGCGUGAACAAGUUCUGGAGGGGUCUUGGAAACAAGAUGAAAUUUCUCCAUAAGAAGAACUGAGAAGUUAUCAGGGACACCCAGGACCGAUCCUGCGGCGUCUGAUCGCAAAAUAGUCCCCGGACCCCCAGGACUGAUAUGAGGGGCACAGGGCACGGACUGACCACCGGGAAUCACCACUUAUUAUAUAUUUGUAAAUAUUGCGGCUUUUUGGAUUUUUUAUGUGUCAUUUUUUUUAAAUGAAGAGACUGUGGUAAUUGGCACGGACAGCGCCUCUGCGGAGUGAGGACGGCGGUGGACCGUGUGUGUAAUACUGUACAGAUGGCGGACGCUCUGCACAUUCGUACGUCGGUCAUCGUUAAUGGUCAGUAGACUUGCACUAUGACAGCACAAAUGAAGAAGACCCUAUGGGAGCGGCAGCGCAAACAAUGUGCGCAACGUAAUAAACCAUACCGAGACCGAACCCUCUGAUGUCAUGUGAUCAUUUACUGAACUAAAGGAGUCCAUAGAGUGACAACUGCAGUCCUAUGUAACACCACAGAUAGCACAGAGAACUGAGUACAGAUAAUGUAUAAAUGGGACCUGCAGUCCUAUGUAACACCACAGAUAGCACAGAGAACUCUGAGUACAGAUAAUGUAUAGAUGGGACCUGCAGUCCUAUGUAACACCACAGAUAA